AUGAUGGUCGCUCGCCAGCGUAGCCAGCGUCAAAGCCGCAUCGAGCUGGCAAGUGAGAUUGGCAUUAACAAGACCCUUGACACCAAGGCUAGUUUGGCCGCCUCUGCAUCUUCGGGGUCUUUGCACUCUCUACACGGCGUAUCCAACAUCAGCAGUAGCGGCAAUCCCAUUUCAGGCCUUCCUGAUUCAUCUGCUGCGGGCUCGGCAAACUCUAUCUGUGAGGAUAGCGGGCGUACUUGUAGCGGUCUCGGUACUGGAUCCGGAGUUUCCUCGACGGGAGGCGGUAGCAGCGUAAUUACAACCUAUACGGGCGAAUUCAGCACCCGUUCGGCUAUGACUGAACGCCGUCGGUUACAGUUAGAACGCAUAAGAGCAAUGACGUGCGAGCUUAAGCCUGAUCGCGGUUCAGGAGGUGGUAGACGCGGCUCGCGUGGCACACGAAGCAGAAGGCCAUUUAGGGGCACCGACCAGAAGGCUUUAACUUCGCAACCAUCUGGAACCAAGGAACGGGGAAGGGGCAGGUGGAAUGUAAAGAAACUCUUCUUUAUUUGA